AUGGACGUAGACGACUCUGCGGUCGACCUCAGCGUCAGGUCAUUGCCACCUGAACUGAGUGAAUUGAGGGCUUUGACGGCUAGUGGACUUACCAUAACUCCUGCCCAACCACCACCUCAUGGCUCCAGCGGCAAACGAGUCCUUCGCCCUCGUUCAGAACAACGUAGCUAUGCAGAGAGCCCGGAUAUCGUUUUGUUGCCGGCUGCACCUCCGCACCGCAAGCCAUCUAUGGUCACCCCUACACCUUUUACAGAACAUAAAGAAAAGAAAAUAUAUAUUUUUCGCCCAGAUGUGAGCAGUAAAUUAAACUCCGGUAGUGUAAAUGUUUCUAUUACACCGAGUGCCCUCCCAGCGCCAGCGCCGGAGUCUCCUCGCGACCCCCGCGACGACGAGGACUCUGAAGAAGACGAGAAUGACCCACCAUUGCCUAUAGCGGGACACAGAGAAUUAUCAAGUGCGGAAAUAUGGGAGCGCGAACGGCGCUUACGUACAUUGCGCGAGAAGUUACGCGCUGAGGAGACACGGCUCGUGUUGUUGAGAAAGCUACGUCAAUCACAGCAGACAACCGGACUACCUCCAGCCAAGGACAGCGCGACAGGCACGGCCCUGGCAGGCAGUGGCUGCGUGGUGCCGCCCGGCGUCACCGUCACGCCCGCGCCGCCGCCCGCGCACCAGCAGAGCAAGCGCACGUCCAGCAACUCGUCCACGACGGCGUCCGUGUCCUCGAGCGCCGCGCGCCGCACGUCCAGCCUGCCCGGCGGCGCCACGCUCACGCCCGGCCCCUACCGCUCGCAGUCGUCUACUAGCGGUGGCGCAAGCAUAACACCUUCAGUAACAAUAACUCCUGCCCCACCUCCUACAACACAACAUGCGUCUUCUAAGGCAAGCUCUCGCAGCUCAGAGGACACACAAACUCCUGCCCAACGUCAGGCCGCCGCUAAGCUUGCACUACGCAAACAGCUCGAGAAGACCUUAUUACAGAUUCCACCUCCGAAACCUCCACCACCAGAAAUGAACUUCAUCCCGUCUCCGAGCAACACUGACUUCGUUUAUCUGGUGGGGCUCGAGCACGUCGUUGACUAUUUAACUAACGAGGACCGCAUGCCGCGCUCGUCGGUGCCGGCGACGUGCGCGCAGUGCGGCUGCGACUUCACGCCCGUGUGGCGCUGGGAGCGCGGCAGCAGCGCCAGCUCGGCCACGCGGCGCUACGACGCCACGUUCACGCCCGCGCCGCCGCCGCCCUCCGCGCGCCGCCUCUGCGAGCUCUGCGUCUCCGGGAACGUCAAGCGAGCGCUCAAGGCGGAGCACACGGCCCGGUUGAAGACCGCGUUCGUCCGCGCCCUGCAGCAGGAGCAGGAGAUAGAGCGGCGCCUGGCGGGCCCGGGCGCGUCCCCGCCCCCCGCGCCCGCGCCCGCCCCGCCUGCGCACGCGCCGCUCGCGCACUCCGCUCCGCCGCCCGCGCACUCGCACGCGCACCGCCCGCUACAGAUGUCGGUGUCGCGCAGUUCGUCCCGCAGCGCCGCGGCGGCGUCGCCCGCGCCCGCCAAGACGCCCGCGCCCCCGCCCACGCCCAGGCCAUUAACAUCAUCUGAUUCAUUGCGUAGUCAUCAUUCGGACCGUUCUAGAGAAACCAGUGAAGUGCCCGCCAAAAAAGGAAAAGGAUCAUCAUCUAGUAGCACCAGUCAAAACAGUAGCAGCAGUAAGCAACAUCAGCAGCUGGCCGCCGCCGCCGCAGCGCAGAUGGCCUUCGAGCAGCACAGCGCCGCCGCCAUGCAGGCGCUGCAGCACCAGCUGCUCCGGGGGCUGAGCGGCGCGGGCGGCUCGGGCGGCAUGUCGUCGGCGGCGGCGGCGGCGGCCAUGAUGCAGUUCUCGCCGCUCAUCUACACCUACCAGCUCGCCAUGGCGCAGGCCUCCGCUCUCGGUAAGCGUUCGGGCAAGGGCGGGUCGGGAGGAGCGGGCGGCGCGGCCGCUAUGGCCGAGAUGCAGCGCGUGGCCGAGGCGCAGCGCCAGUACCUGCUCGACAUGAUCCCCGGCCAGCACCCCAGGAACCCUUGGACCAAGAACUAG